AUUCUGUGCGGCUUGUUUGGACACUAUCGGGUCAAAAUCCGCCGUGUCGUAUCCCGCUUGUCCCCUUGCCAGCGCUCCAACGCAUAUUACAAUCCUAAUUGGCUUUGCAUACAGUCCUUUGUAGUUACAUACUGUGCGUGUAGUUCCUUUCACUCCGUCACUCUGCCCUGCUCCGUCACAAGCCACUCUAGAGUUCACUUGUCCUAGUGUCCUUCCUGUGCAUUGGCCGGUCCAUAAUGCCAAAGAGCCGUAGCGGUUCUACAAAGAAGGCGUGAACGCGCUUGCUCGUCGGAGCCGGGAAUACGCCCCUGCCAGCCCGGACCUCGCCCAGCGCAUUCAGCAUGCCCGCGAGCUCCGAGGGCAGCAGCACCAGCCGGAGCAGGACAGGGAGCAGGAGCAGGAGCAGAAGCCACCGAAACUCCAGGAAGCAGCGCCCUCCUAGCGCUGUUGCGGACGGGCGCUGGCUCGCCCUGGGGCUCAGCGUGGGGCUGGGCUGCAUCGGCGUGGGGCUGGGCUGCAUCGGCGUGGGGCUGGGCUGCGGCCUCAAGAGUGGCCUGCGCAGCAUCGGCGGUGGGCUGCGUAGCAUCGGCGGUGGGCUGCGUGGGCUGGGCAGGGAAUCCUUCGCCAAGGAAGGCAGCACCCUUAAGGAUGCGUCCGCGAGUUUUGGGUCCAACUUCGGGUCCAACUUUGGAGUUAACUUUGGGGCCAACUUCGGCACCAAAAUGCGAGAAGACGAGAACUGAGCAUGCACAGAAUGCCGGGCCUGUUGGUAAGAGGUUGUGGGCAUGAUGUGGGCUGCUUCGGCCGGCUCAUCAGUAGUGGGCGGGUGUUCACCGCGGGUCCGCGGCUGUGGUUGACGAGUGGUGGGACGGUCCCGGACGCGAUUGGGCCGAUGAACAGCUCGUCAUUUGUUAAGGCUAGAGAAUGACGAGUGGCAACACGGAACUCCAACGGGUAUGCUGCAUGCAGGGAGGAUGCCCAGUCAAACUUCGUGUAGGAAUGUACGUAUGCGGUGGUAAUGUGCCGGGCUCAUAACGUCGUGGGCAAACCGCUGGCAGGGGCCGAGUUGCACCUACCCCCAUCGCACAUACCUGCACGCCUGCAUCGGCGCGGCCAUGGCCGAUUGGCCGCCAUUCCUGAUGAGCUGCAGAUGGGCGCUUCCCGUUCUCUGCCGCCGGCAGGAGGCAUUGAAGGGUACGGAGGGCACGGAGGGCAAUACGUGGUACAUAUGCGGAUAUGCCCGAGGGCAGCUUGUCGGUGCACCGCGACGGCGGCGGGCCUGUGCCUGGGUGUGUGAUGGGACAGGGUGAUUGGGUGAUGAUGAGGCGGCGCGACAGGGCGCGAAGCAGGUCAGCAGUCGUGGAGCAACUCAGGGCAACCGGUGUACAUGGCAAAAGGCUAGGCAGCUAGGCUAACAGAUGCCGGGGUGAGGCCAUCACGGGAGUGCGGGAUCAGGGCGGGCGCGGCAGGGGUCCUGCUUGGCGACCGAAUGCUGAUUAAAGCGGUGUGACUUUGUGUUCCCCAUGCCGACGGUCGCAGCACCGCACGUUUACUGAUAUUAGUUACAUUGUGCUAAUUGGAACUUAAGUUUAAUCAGGUUUAAUGGCUGUUGACGCGCCGUGCGUAGAUUUGCUCUCCCUGGUCGCAGGAUGACUUAGCGCAGGAUGAGAUAGCAAUGUUGCGUACUUUUCAAGCAAGUCAAUAACAAUGAUCGGUUUUACUCAUCAGCACCUUAGUGGCUCCUGCAAGCCUGCCUGCAAGGGGGGCUCCGUCCGCACGCCCGCACGUUGCUGCCCCGUCGAACUCGUUGUUUCCAUGGAGCGUGAAGAAGGAGGAUUGGGCAGCUUUCCUCAGGUGAGUCCAUCGCAAGAGUCUGUAUCAGCAGCAGCAGCAGCAGCGGCGGCGGCGGCAUUUUGAAUCAUGGGGCGCGGGUGGAACAAGUGCAAGGGCGGGGGAUGAGCGUUCCCUGUGCGCACAGACACAGGCGUUCAUUGGGUUGGUGGACACGAGUCGGCACGGUGGGUGUGUGAUGGGACAGUGUUAACUGUUAAGGCAGGUUGGUGAAGUCCCGCAGGGUGCAGCUGCUUCCCAGACCCCAGAAGAUGGCAAACAAUUUGCAACGGCUGGUCGAACACCGGAGUUGAUGCACCAAAAAGUUGCUGGCUGGCUGGAAGUUUGCUGCUGCGCAUUCCUCACGGCACGGUGGGUAGGCAAUUGGGAAGUAGUUAGGCAGAGAGGCGCCGGGUGGCUGCUUGGGGUAAAAAUAGACGCUGGGUGGCACAGAGGUACGGAGGCACGUGCACAUACAAAACGGUAUCGGAAGGUCAUUUCG